AUGGCUAAGGCAAACCAUACUACAGCACCAGAGUUCCUCCUCCUGGGCUUCUCUGACCUCAGAGGCCUGCAAGGACCCCUGUUCUGCUUGGUGCUUCUGGUCUACCUGAUAACUUUGUUGGGCAACGCCCUGAUCAUCUUCCUCACACAGGCCAGCCCUGCGCUGUGCUCAGCUAUGUACUUCUUCCUGCGCCACCUCUCCGUGGUAGAGCUUCUGUACACUGCGGACAUCGUGCCCAGAAUCCUGGCUGAUCUGACCUCUCCUCACCCCCAGGCCAUCUCCUUCUGGAGCUGUGCAGCCCAGAUGUAUUUCUUCAUUGUGUUGGGCAUUGCAGAGUGCUGCCUGCUCACAGCCAUGGCCUAUGACCGUUUCGCAGCCAUCUGCCGACCAUUGCAUUACUCCACCCUCAUGAGCCAGCGGGCCUGUAUAGCCAUGGUGGGAACCUCCUGGAUCAUGGGCAUCGUCACUGCCACCACUCACUCCUCCCUCAUCUUCACUCUGCCUUUCCCCAGCCACCCCAUCAUCCCACACUUCCUCUGUGACAUCCUGCCAGUACUGAGGUUGGCAAGUGCUGGGAAGCACAAGAGCGAAGUCUCUGUAAUGACAGCAACUGUGGUCUUCAUCAUGGUCCCCUUCUCUCUGAUAGUCACUUCUUACGUCCGCAUCUUGGGAGCCAUCUUGGCAAUGGCUUCCACUCAGAGCCGCAGCAAGGUCUUCUCUACCUGCUCCUCCCACCUGCUUGUCGUCUCGCUAUUCUUUGGAACAGCCAGCAUCACAUACAUCCGGCCGCAGGCAGGCUCCUCUAUUACCACAGACCGCAUCCUCAGUCUCUUCUACACAGUUGUCACACCAAUGCUCAACCCCAUCAUCUAUACCCUUCGUAACAAGGAAGUGACAGGAGCCCUAAGACACAUGAUGAGGAGGCAGGUUCCCGCACCCUGA